AUGGCAAUCGCUGGCGCCCAACGCAAACAAGUCCUAAAGGUCUUAAUGAUCUCCCUACUCUUGGACCUGAUAUCAUUCACAUUCAUCCUCCCCCUCUUCCCCUCCCUCCUAACAUUCUACCGAAUCCAAGACACAUCCUCAACCUCCAAAACCUCCCUCCUAACAAAAAUCCUGCACUACCUAAACGCCUACAAAAACGCCUUCGCCCUCCCCAUCGAUUCCCGCUAUGACAUCGUCCUCCUCGGCGGAGCUCUCGGUUCCCUAUUCUCCCUCCUCCAAGCAAUCGCCGCCCCCAUAAUCGGCCAUCUAUCCGACCGCCACGGCCGUCGUCGCGCGCUGCUGAUUUCAAUGAUUGGCAAUAUCGCCAGUGUCGCGUUAUGGGUCAGCGCGAAGGAUUUCCGUACAUUCCUCGCGUCGCGCGUUGUGGGUGGUCUUUCCGAGGCGAAUGUUCAACUUGCGGACGCGAUUGUCGGCGAUGUUACGGAUGAGGCAGGGAGGAGUGGGUGUAUGGCGCUUAUUGGGGCUUGUUUUAGUGUUGCGUUUACAGUUGGACCUGUGCUUGGUGCGGCUUUGGGGAGUGUGGAUGUUGUUAAGGAUAAUCCGUUUUUUGUGGCGGCGGGGGUUUCUUUGGGGUUUGUCGUUGUUGAGACGGGGUUUAUUUGGGCUUUCUUGCCGGAGACGCAUCCGAGGUUUACUUUGCUUGAGAAGGAGGAGUCUCGACCCUCUGCUGGGGAAAAGAAGGGAGAGGUCAAGAAGCAGAAGCAGAAGCAAAAGAACUCGAAAGAACCAACUCAUAUCCACACGAAUAAUCCCGCCAUCCUGAACGCCCUUCACUUCCUAUUCCUCCUCCCAUUCGCAGGACUGGAAUUCUCCCUCCCAUUCUUCACCGCGACACUAUAUGCCGACACCACCAGUUCCAGCUCCAGCAGUCCCGCCGCACUAAACGGCCGCCUCCUCUCACUAAUGGGUCUAAUAGCCUCUUUACUCCAAGGUACAGUCGUCCGCCGUCUGCCGCCCCUAACAACGAUUCGAAUCGGCGUCAUAGCAUGCGCUAUCUCAUUCUUCCUCCUGGCGCGCGUGGAGACUGUGGCGGGACUGUACGCUGCUGGUGGGUUAUUGGCUGUUACGUCCGCGACUGUUGUUACGGGACUUAAGAGUUUGGGCAGUUUUGAAGCGAGGGAUUUAGAUCGUGGUGCUGUUAUGGGGAGGUUGAGGGGGUGGGGGCAGGCUGGAAGGGCUACGGGGCCGGUUUUGUUUUGUUCGCUUUUUUGGUGGGCUGGUAGGGAGGUUGCUUAUAGUGUUGGUGGGGUCGCAAUGGUGGUUGUUGCUGGGGCUGUUUUUUUGUUGUUGAAGGCACCUGUUGUUCGUGGUAAGGUGGAUUGA